AUGGGAGAUUUUAACGCUGCUUUUUACCCAAAUGACAGAAGAGGUGGCAGGUGUAUUUUGAAAAAAGAGCUUGAAGAUGCUAGGAGUUGGCUUGAUCUUGGUCUGGUGGAAGAAAUGAAUUUACUGGGUACCUUUUACACAUGGUCUAAUAAUCAAGAAGGGGAUAAUCGAAUAUACUCUAAACUAGAUAGAGUCUUUUUCAAUGAGGACUGGCUGGACAUUUUCUCGUCUGUUAUAGCUGCUGCUCAUUGGGAAGUGUCUUCUGAUCAUUGUGCUGUUAUUCUGAAGCAAACUGGUAUUUCAAAUGAGGGUUUUGCUCCUUUUCGGUUCUAUAAUAUGUGGACAAGCCACCCUCAGUUCAGAUCUACUGUCUUAACUAAUUGGAACAAAGCUCUUAGAAUAAAGGGAUGUGGAUUAGAUCAAAUUAUUGGGGAUGUGGCUAGGAACUUUGAAGACAGUAAAGCUGAGUUUCAAAAGGCUCGGUCUGAUCUUUUCUCUGACCCGCAGAAUCAGAUUUUAGCUUCAGCAGAGAGAGUAUCAUUUCAGAUAUUUAAACAGCAAGAGACGAUUUAUGGCAGCUACCUUAGGCAAAAAAGUAAGAUAGAGUGGAUUCAAUUCGGCAAUGAAAAUUCCUCCUACUUUCAUGCCUAUAUAAAGCAACGGAAGAGAGCUAAUAGGAUUGCUUCUAAUGUAACAGAAGAUGGUAGAGUAGAGGACAGUUAUCCUAAGGUAAUUAGUCACUUUAUUAACCAUUUUAAAUCAGUCCUGGGUUGUCCUAAUAAAGCUACAGGGAAUGUUGCUUAUGCCAUAACAAAUUUGGGUCCUGUUUUGAGUAUUGAAGACCAGCUGGAACUCAUCAAACCUUUCUCAAACAAAGAUGUUAAAGCAGCUUUGUUUAGUAUCAGCUCUAUAAAGAGUCCUGGUCCAGAUGGUUUUGGGGCUGGGUUUUUCAAAAGCUUAUGGAAAGACAUAGGAAAGGAGGUUUCUAAGGCUGUCCUUGAAUUUUUUUGA